AUGAUGUGCGAGGUGAUGCCGACCAUCAGCGAGGGGGACUCGGCCGGUCCCCCCAGAGGAGCCGGCGGGGUCCCGAACGGCUCCGAGCAGGAGGCCAACUUCGAGCAGCUGAUGGUCAACAUGCUGGACGAGAGGGACAAGCUACUCGAGUCCCUCAGGGAGACCCAGGAGACCCUUAUUCAGUCGCAGACUAAACUGCAGGGGGCGCUGCACGAGAGGGACGUGCUGCAGCGUCAGAUCAACGCGGCCCUGCCUCAGGAGUUCGCCACCCUUACCAAGGAGCUGAACAUAUGUCGAGAGCAGCUGCUGGAGAAAGAGGAGGAAAUAUCGGAGCUGAAAGCUGAAAGGAACAACACCAGGCUGCUUCUGGAACACCUGGAGUGUUUGGUGUCUCGUCACGAACGCAGUCUUAGGAUGACGGUUGUGAAGAGGCAGGCCCCCCCGCCAUCUGGAGUCUCCAGUGAAGUCGAGGUCCUCAAAGCCCUCAAGUCGUUGUUUGAACAUCACAAGGCGCUGGAUGAAAAGGUGCGUGAGAGGCUUCGCGUGGCCCUGGAGAGAGUAUCUACCCUUGAAGGACAGUUAUCAGCGACCACACAAGAGCUCAGCAUGGUGAGACAAAGGAAGGACGGUGACUCAGUGGAGCGGACCGACGGAUCCAAACCUCCAUGGAAGAGACUGCCUAACGGCUCCAUCGACGUUCAUGACGACGGCGGCCGUGCGUCCGAGCUUCAAGAGCUGCUGGACAGGACCAGCAAGGAACUGGCCCAGACUCGCGAGCACUCGGCCUCCCUCAACGGCCGCGUGGCCGAGCUGGAGGCCGAACUCGCCAGCGCGCGGCGGGAGCUGAGUCGUAGCGAGGAGCUGUCGAUCAAACAGCAGCGGGAGCAGCGAGAGAGAGAAGACAUGGAGGAAAGAAUAACAACGUUAGAAAAACGUUACCUUGCCGCCCAGCGAGAAACCACACACAUCCACGACCUCAAUGACAAGCUGGAGAACGAACUGGCAACCAAGGACUCCCUUCACAGACAGAGUGAAGAGAAGGUGCGACAGCUGCAGGAAAUGCUGGAGAUGGCCGAGCAGAGGUUGGCUCAAACCAUGAGGAAGGCUGAGACGCUGCCCGAGGUGGAGGCUGAGCUGGCGCAGCGAGUGGCAGCGCUGUCCAAGGCUGAGGAGCGCCACGGCAACGUGGAGGAGCGCCUUCGACAGCUGGAGUCUCAACUGGAGGAGAAGAACCAAGAACUAGGAAGGGCUCGUCAACGGGAGAAAAUGAACGAAGAGCACAACAAGCGUUUAUCCGAUACGGUGGACCGUCUCCUCACCGAGUCCAAUGAACGGCUGCAACUCCAUUUGAAAGAACGCAUGGCUGCGUUGGAGGACAAGAACUCUCUGAUUCAAGAUCUGGAGAACUGUCAGAAACAGCUGGAAGAGUUUCACCACACACGGGAACGUCUGAUUGGCGAGAUCGAGAAACUGAGGAACGAGAUUGACCAUUUGAAACGUCGCAGCGGAGCAUUCGGAGAUGGAAGUUCGAGUCAUCCUCGGUCUCAUUUGGGCAGUGCAAGCGACCUUCGCUUCUCUGUGGUGGAGGGCCAAGAUGGCCACUACAGCACAACGGUGAUCAGGAGAGCACAAAAGGGCAGACUCUCGGCACUACGAGACGAUCCAAACAAGGUUUGCGGCAUGUUCGAACAGGACUACCCUUCGCUGCGAGGGAGCGUCGGCCACCUCCUUGGCAGCGACGUCGAGGCCGAGUCCGACCUGGACGACGACGUUAGCUCGGCCGUGCUCUCGCCGAGCGGCCAGUCGGACGCUCAGACUCUCGCGCUGAUGCUGCAGGAGCAGCUCGACGCUAUCAAUGAAGAGAUAAGGAUGAUCCAGGUGGAGAGAGAGUCAGCCGACCUGCGUUCGGAUGAGCUCGAGUCCCGCAUGAACAGUGGGAGCAUGGACGGACUCAACGUGACGCUUCGACCGCGGGCGCUGCCCAUGUCGGCCACGGCCCAGUCCUUGGCGUCGUCCUCCUCGCCGCCAAACAGCGGCCACUCCACGCCUAAACACCAUUCGCGCAACACAAGUCACCAUCUCGGCAUCAUGACUCUGCCAAGUGACUUGAGGAAACACCGGAGGAAAGUAGCAUCUCCGGUGGAGGUGGACAAGGCGACAAUCAAGUGUGAGACAUCGCCUCCUUCCUCGCCCCGCAGCUUACGUCUAGAAACCAAUUUUGCCCAGUUCACGGGCAGUCUGGAGGAUGGACGAGGGAAGCAGAAGAAAGGUAUUAAGUCAUCGAUUGGCCGGUUGUUUGGCAAGAAGGAGAAGGGUGGGCGUAUGGAGCCAACAAGGGAGUUUGCCAGGGAUGGACCACAGCUAGCAGCGCUAACAGACUUUGACAUGGCUGUUGGAGACACUAUGACUCUGGGAAAGCUGGGCACCCAAGCCGAGAGGGAUCGCAGGAUGAAGAAAAAACAUGAACUCUUGGAAGACGCCAGGAAAAGAGGUUUACCAUUUGCCCAGUGGGACGGCCCAACAGUUGUUUCCUGGCUCGAGCUGUGGGUGGGCAUGCCAGCUUGGUACGUGGCGGCGUGUCGCGCUAACGUGAAGAGCGGCGCCAUCAUGUCCGCUCUGUCGGAUACGGAGAUCCAGAGGGAGAUCGGCAUCAGUAACCCACUGCAUCGACUUAAACUGCGCUUGGCCAUCCAAGAGAUGGUCUCCCUCACAAGCCCUUCUGCACCGCUCACCUCCAGAACGUCCUCCGGAAAUGUGUGGGUGACUCACGAAGAGAUGGAGAACCUGGCUUCGUCCACCAAAGCGGCCAAUGAGGAGGGCAGCUGGGCGCAGACGUUGGCAUACGGAGACAUGAAUCACGAGUGGAUCGGGAACGAGUGGUUGCCCAGCCUCGGCCUGCCUCAGUACCGCUCCUAUUUCAUGGAGUGUCUGGUGGAUGCCCGCAUGCUGGACCACCUGACCAAAAAGGACCUGAGGAGCCACCUCAAGAUGGUGGACAGCUUCCACAGGGCGAGUCUUCAGUAUGGGAUCAUGUGCUUGAAGAGACUCAAUUACGACAGGAAAGAAUUAGAGCGCCGGAGAGAGGACAGUCAACAUGACAUGAAAGAUGUGUUGGUGUGGACCAACGAACAAGUGAUCCACUGGGUCCAGUCCAUCGGUUUAAGGGAGUACAGCGGCAACCUCUUGGAGAGCGGCAUUCACGGGGCGCUGGUCUCUCUGGAUGAGACCUUUGACUACAGCAGCCUGGCCCUCAUCCUGCAGAUCCCCAUGCAGAACACACAGGCCCGGCAGGUUCUGGACCGGGAGUUUAACAACCUGUUAGCCUUGGGAACGGACCGACGGCUCGAGGAGAGCGGAGACGACAAGUCUUUCCGCCGUUCUCCGUCGUGGCGAAAGAGGUUCCGGGCCCGAGAGGGAGGGGCGGGGCUGGGGAUGAUGGCCGGCUCCAUGGAAACGCUGCCCGCCGGCUUCCGCAUGCCCUCCAUGUCCAUGCCGCCUUCUAUGAAUCUCAUGCCCAAGAAGCAGCUCCAGCCUGAAGCUCCGCCCCCAGCAUCACCGAGGCUCGACCCCUCUACGGUGCGGACCUACUCAUGCUAA